CCGAACUCAUUCAUUGUGGUACGCUUAAUCCAGGUAAUGGAACGUUAAAUUCGGUGAUCAUUCGUCAAGUUCAAAACAAUGGCAAUCGACACUAUGGACAAAUUAUCUGAACUAGAUGACAAGUCUUCUUUGCAAUCUGAGCAGUUCAUUCCUCAGCAAAUAGAUCAUAAUGAAAACCAUAUAAUCAGCGUCUACGAUCAAUUAAGGCCCAAAAACGAGGGCUCGUUCAUGUCCGCUGUGAGAGAAUGGGAAAAGAAGGCUGGCUUCAAGACUCCUAUAGUGUGGUUCAACACUGUAGCAAUCACACUGUUCCAUGUCCUAGUACUGGUGUCAGCGUAUCAAAUAUUUAUCGACGGUCGUUAUUAUCCGAAAUGGCAGACUUUCCUGUUUCUGUUCUUACUAGCAGCGUUCACUGGUUUUGGAGUGACUGGCGGUGCUCACCGGCUUUGGAGCCACCGCGCCUACAAAGCCAAGCUUCCUUUACAAAUCAUAUUACUCAUAGGUUUCUUAACAGCUGGAAUGAACGACCUGUACCAGUGGGUGCGCGACCACCGCGUGCACCACAAGUUCUCCGAGUCGUCUGCCGACCCCCACGACGCCAACAGAGGUUUCUUCUUCGCCCACGUCGGCUGGCUGAUGACGAAGAAGCACCCUGAUGUGCUCCGCGAGGGUCUUAAAGUCGACAUGAGUGACAUUCAAAACAACCCUUUAAUCCGGUUUCAUUUAAAGUACUUUCAGAUAUCGAAACUUGUGUUUGCCUUCGUCUUACCGCUUGUGAUCCCGAUUGUGUUUUGGGACGAGCGCAUAUCUGUGGCGUUCUUCGCGCUGAUGCUUAAGUAUACGUUGAUCCUUCACACCAAUUGGUCUGUGAAUAGCUUUGCUCAUCUGUAUGGCGGUCGACCUUAUGACAGCAAAAUAAUGCCUCGUGAAAACUGGAUGGUUGCAUUAUCUACCAUUGGCGAGGGCUGGCACAACUACCAUCACACGUUCCCGUGGGACUACAAGGCGGCGGAGAUUCCCUAUACGUUUCCUCUUAACGCCACCGCGAAUCUACUGGAUUUGUUCGCCAAAAUUGGCUGGGCCUACGAACUGAGGGUAGCCUCGCCCGCAAUGAUAAAACGCGUCGCUGAGUCUAAAGGAGACUCGACUUACAAAGAGCUGUAAGAACUGCUCCAUCUUCGUUAAUUAAUCAUUUAUUUUAGGAUAAAAUCCAUAAAAUGUUAGUAGGUUUCAUAUCAUUAAUAAUAAAAGUUAUUUAGUUUUAGUUAUUUUAAAACGGUAUUUUGGAUCUGAUCCAAACAAAAUGUGGAUGACUUGUCUUCUAUUGUUCUAUUUUUUAUUAGUGUAAUGUAUGUUAAUUGUUGAUUACUUGGGUUGAUAAGAAAGUCAAUUUUAACAUUUAAUUAAUUAUUAUAUAUUAAAUAGUUUUUGCAUUA